AUGGGUGAUGUUGAGAAAGGCAAGAAGAUUUUUGUUCAGAAGUGUGCCCAGUGCCACACCAUGGAAAAGGGAGGCAAGCAUAAGACAGGGCCUAAUCUCUUCGGGCAGAAGACAGGUCAGGCCGUUGGAUUCUCUUACACAGACACCAGUAAGAACAAAGGCAUCACCUGGGGAGAGGAUACACUGAUGGAAUAUUUGGAGAAUCCCAAGAAGUACAUCCCUGAAACAAAAAUGAUCUUUGCCGGCAUUAAGAAGGAGGCAGAAAGGGCAGACUUGACAGCUUAUCUCAAAAAAGCUACUAAUGAGUAAUAAUUGGCCACUGCCUUAUUUAUUACAACACAGAAAUGUCUCGUGACUUUUUUAUGUGUACCAUACUUUAAUAGAUCUCAUACACCAAAAUUCAGAUCA